ACCACCCUACUCAUCACUCUCUCCUUCUCUCUCUCUCUCUCUCUCUCUCUCUCUCUCUCAGAGACCCAAUAAUCAAGAAAUCUCUUUUUCUUUCCAAUAUCAAAAUUUUCCGGUUCUAGAAAGAAAGUGACUUUCAUUCCUACAGUACUUUUGGUUCCAAGAUUAAUUGUCCGGUGAUCGACAUAAAGUUUCUUGUUCAAGAAACGGAUUGAUCGGAUGAUUAACUUGCGCUACAAAAUACAAAUUGAUUAACAGAGAGCACUCUCCGUACUAAUCGAUCAUCAGAGAGAGAGGGAGAGAGAGAAAAUGUGGAGCAAUAGCAAAGGUUUUCCGGCGACAGGGGGGUUCUUGACGCCACCUCCUAAUAAGUGGAAAUCGAAGGCGACGUUAAUGUAUUCGCCGGCAUCGGAGAAGAAGCCCAAAGCUGAUCUCUUUCACGUCAUUCACAAAGUUCCCGCCGGCGACUCUCCCUACGUCAAGGCCAAACAGGUUCAGUUGAUAGAGAAGGAUCCAAGCAGAGCAAUAUCCCUUUUCUGGGCAGCAAUAAACAGUGGGGAUAGAGUGGACAGCGCAUUGAAGGACAUGGCAGUUGUGAUGAAACAAUUGAAUCGAUCUGAUGAGGCUAUUGAGGCUAUCAAAUCUUUCCGUCAUCUCUGCCCCCUCGAAGCCCAAGAAUCUCUUGACAAUGUACUCGUUGAACUUUAUAAGAGGUCUGGCAGGCUGGGUGAGCAGAUUGAACUGCUUGAGUACAAACUGAAGCGCAUUGAAGAAGGUAUAGCUUUUGGUGGGAAGAGGACAAAGACUGCAAGAUCUCAAGGCAAGAAGAUUCAGAUUACUAUUGAACAAGAGAAAUCAAGACUGUUAGGGAACUUGGCAUGGGCUUACUUGCAGCAAAAUAGUUACAUCACUGCAGAAAGACUUUACAGGAAGGCUCUAUCUCUGGAGCCAGAUAAGAACAAGGAGUGCAACCUUGCGAUCUGCUGGAUGCACCUUAACAGGAUUGCAGAAGCUAAAUCUUUGCUUCAGUCAAUAAAAGCUUCGUCUGGAGAUGGGCUCAUGGAUGAGUCCUAUGCUAAAUCCUUUGAGCGGGCUUCACAGAUUCUGACCGAACUACUAGAAUCAAAGUCAAUUCACAAACCCAUUGAACAGGAAGAUUAUGACAACUGCAAAGAACUUCAAAAGUAUAAUAUCAGGGGAUCCCCUUUUGGUAAUCAUAUUCAGAAUGAGGAUUGCUUUUAUGGAUUUGGAAGAGGAUCUCAAUUUCAACAAAAUUUUUUUACUGAUUCAUGUAAGGGAAAUUUUUAUUCUGAAAACCCAAGUGAAAGUUCCAUGUUUUCUGAGAAUCCAUAUGCAAGGUCCAGUGCCGCUUCCCCAAUUCCCAUUGUAGGAAAUCCAAAACCCCCAUUUAGCGAACCAAGAAGAGGUUCAUGGAUGUUCAAUAACAGAGAAGAGCAGGGAAAUGAAUUACACAAAAGCACUGCGGAAACACACAAAAGCAAGAAGAGUUGGGCUGAUAUGGUUGAAGAAGAUGAACAAGAAUUAUAUCAGGAAUCAUCUGCAUUUUCUUUUGGACUUCAAAGCAAGUGCUCUGAUGGUUGGGAUAGUGGACAAGAAUUCCGCAACGAGAACCUGAAUUACAACAUAUUUCGUCAGACUCCACCAUUGGAUCAGGCUGACAAGUUAAAGCAAAAGCUUGAGCCAACAGCGCGGCGUUCCUUGUGUUUCAACAAGGACAUGCAGUGUUCAUCACCUCCACCACAGAAAGCCUUAAAUUUUGAGGGUUUUAAUUAUGUAUCGGGGAGUGAAAGUGAGACUACUUCUGGGAAUAGUAUAAGAUUAAAGAGAAGAAACAGGCUGCAGGUUUUCCAGGACAUAACUCCCGAAAGUCCAAGAGCUUGAGCUGAGACAUGACCUGGACAAGAGAACACCUUAAUGAAGUUCUGUACAUAUGGUUUAUACUAUGGUUGGUUGUUGUUUUCAUAUAGUCAGAGGUCCUUCAUUCAAGUCAUUUUUCUUUCCUUCUUAGCUUCCCAUUGUGUUAUUGUUGUACGAAGUUCUGUACAUAUGGUUUAUACUAUGGUUACUGUGUAAUGAAGAUAUUACAAUUACGUUUUACUUAGGUCAUGUCAAGCCUAGAUUUUGUACCUUGAAGAACAAAUCAAUUAAAUCACUGUGCUUGAAUAUUCAAA